AUGUCAUCACAUAAAAGAACAGAGGAUCUAGGGGAGGUCCUAUCCACCCCAUCUAUCCCAUCACCAGAUAGCAAGGACCUUUCCUCCCUGGAAAAAGAAGAUAGCGAGUGUAUUGAGAAAGCAGAAGUCAGCCCAACACAGUUCGAUGAUAUCUCAUCUUCGCUUUCUCCAUCUCAUCGUGAAUAUCUCUUCAAACGACAUGGCACCUUGGACCUGGACCCCAUGCCGAGUGCGUCAGACGCAGACCCAUACAACUGGCCUACGUGGAAGAAAUUAACGAACCUCCUUCUUGUCGCCUUUCACGCUUGCAUGGCGACCUUUACGUCCUCGAUCACGCCUGCCUAUGAGGACAUUAGUAUCGAUUUAGGAGUAUCUCUACAAAGAGCCAGCUAUCUUACCUCCCUACAAAUUGCUAUUCUCGGGGGCGCUCCCCUCUUCUGGAAACCAUUGUCCAACCGGUACGGUCGUCGGCCUAUAUUUCUGCUAUCCACCAUCCUCAGCCUUGUUUGCAAUGUUGGAUGUGCGAAGAGCCCGACGUAUGCGUCACUGGCCGCAUGUAGAGCUUUAACAGCGUUUUUCAUCUCUCCGGCAGCAGCAAUCGGGAGUGCCGUUGUGGCAGAAACCUUCUUCAAGAAAGAGAGGGCUCGGUAUAUGGGGAUAUGGACCUUGAUGGUCACUCUGGGUAUACCAGUGCAUUGA